GGUAGUGAGGGAGCGGUGCGGGGUCCUGGUUGCUACUGAGGUGGGGAGAAGGGCCCGGCGGGCUGUGAGGGACUGGGAGGACUGUCCAGGCUGAGCCUGGCUUCAGGAAGUGGGACUGUGCGGCGGGAGGGCCCAGCUGCUGGGGAAGGACUCAAACGUAACCAUUCCCCUGGGGAAGGGAGCCAGUCCUUGACUCUCAGGCUCUUCCGCUCUUUGCUGUAACUUUGGGGUGUGGCAGGGGUUAGUGACUGGCGUUUACACAGGAUGUGGACGUGCAGGUGAUUGGUGGCCACGAUGGGGUUAUAGUCUUUCUCGCGGCCACUGGGGUAAUAAAACACAUGUCUGUAAUCCGGAUUAUCCGCGGUGAUUUGGGGCCUCCUCUACUGCCCAUGUAAAUUAAAGGCCUGUUCCUUCAAACUUCCUCCUCUUUCAGCUUGCUCUGCAGCCUGUUUGCCAGCCAGGCCCAGCCUGGGAGGGGGUCAGGGCCACCAGAUUGCUGAUAAUGUUGAAAGACUGAGUUGGUGUAAGACUUUUGAAGUGAGUGUGUAAGAGAAGGAGGGAUUUUGCGGAUUGCUACAGUGUGAUUGUGGGUAAGUCCCAGAGCCUCACCAUGUCAGGGAAACGGAAGCGUGUGGUGUUGACUAUUAAAGAUAAGCUCGACAUAAUAAAGAAACUUGAGGAUGGAGAUUCUUCCAAACAACUGGCAGUGAUUUAUGGAAUUGGUGAAACAACAGUUCGGGAUAUAAGAAAAAAUAAGGAAAAGAUUAUAACUUAUGCGAGCAGUUCUGAUUCCACAAGUCUUCUGGCCAAGAGGAAAUCUAUGAAGCCAUCCAUGUAUGAGGAACUGGAUAGAGCUAUGUUGGAAUGGUUCAACCAGCAAAGAGCAAAAGGGAAUCCCAUAUCUGGACCAAUUUGUGCAAAAAGAGCAGAGUUUUUCUUUUAUGCUUUGGGUAUGGAUGGUGAUUUUAACCCCUCUGCUGGUUGGUUGACUCGUUUUAAGCAGCGGCAUAGCAUUAGAGAGAUUAACAUUAGAAAUGAAAGAUUAAAUGGAGAUGAGACUGCUGUGGAAGAUUUUUGUAACAAUUUUCGAGAUUUUAUUGAACGAGAGAAUUUGCAGCCUGAACAAAUCUACAAUGCAGAUGAAACUGGACUCUUUUGGAAGUGUCUACCUUCCAGGACUUCAGUAAUCAAAGGUAAAUGCACUGUCCCUGGACACAAAUCAGUUGAAGAAAGAAUCACUAUCAUGUGUUGUGCCAAUGCAACAGGUUUACACAAACUUAAACUUUGUGUUGUGGGGAAAGCAAAGAAACCUCGCUCCUUCAAGUCAACUGACACCUUAAACCUGCCUGUCUCUUAUUUCAGCCAAAAGGGUGCAUGGAUGGAUCUUUCCAUUUUCCGACAAUGGUUUAACAAGAUUUUUGUGCCACAAGUUCGGGAGUACUUAAGAUCCAAAGGCUUGCAGGAAAAGGCUGUGCUCUUGUUGGAUAAUUCACCAACACAUCCAAAUGAAAACGUGCUGAGGUCAGAUGAUGGCCAAAUAUUUGCUAAAUAUUUACCACCUAAUGUGGCUUCAUUGAUUCAGCCCUCAAAUCAGGGAGUCAUAGGAAUGAUGAAGAGAAACUACCGUGCGGGUCUUCUCCAGAACAACUUGGAAGAAGGUAAUGACUUGAAAUCAUUCUGGAAGAAACUAACUCUACUGGAUGCACUUUAUGAAAUAGCUAUGGCAUGGAACUUAGUAAAACCAGUUACCAUUAGCAGGGCAUGGAAGAAGAUUCUCCCUAUGAUAGAGGAGAAAGAAGGCCUGGACUUUGAUGAAGAAGAUAUUUCUGUGGCUACAGUGGCCACCAUUUUACAACACACCAAAGGAUUGGAAAAUGUUACUAUUGAGAACAUUGAAAAAUGGCUUGAAGUAGACAGUACUGAACCAGGCUAUGAAGUGUUAACUGACAGCGAAAUCAUCAGAAGAGCACAAGGCCAAACAGAUGAAUCCAGUGAAAAUGAGGAGGAGGAAAUAGAACUGAUUCCAGAGAAACAUAUUAAUCAUGCAGCUGCUCUCCAAUGGACUGAAAAUUUAUUGGAUUAUCUAGAACAACAAGGUGAUAUGAUUCUACCUGAUAGACUGGUAAUACGUAAACUUAGAGCCACCAUCAGAAAUAAACAGAAGAUGACAAACUCAAGUCAAUAAUGGCAUUUCAAAAAAAAAAAAUUUUAUCAUUGUUCUGGUGAUUUUGUUUGUGACACUUAACCUCUUUGCAAUAUGGCUUAAUUUUUUUUUUAUGUCAUGAGUUCUCACAUCCUGUGAAAUACAGAUACAAAAAUUAAUCUAAAGUGGUUUGAGAAUUAUGUGUUUUCAUCAUCUGUGUCUUCUGUCCCUUUGUGCAGAUAAUCAGAAGCUGACUCUGUAUAGAUAUAAAUUAUGUGUACAC